UCUAGCCAUGACCGGUUUGAGCUGAGCUACAGGGUCAUUCCUCGCUGAAACUGCCCGACCUGUCUAAUUUAAGGCCUGGAAACCGCCUCCAAAUCUGUUUUAUUUUGCCUAGGCUACAUAUCACAAUAUAGCCUCACAUCUGGAUUCGUCACCGCACAGGCUGAUCACCGCAUAUGAUGUCUCACUCAGACACAUUGUUGCGUAAAGUGGAAAUGCAGUUAGAUUCCGACAACCUAAGUGCACAGAGGCAGACACAUAGGCUAACGUUACCGGUAGAUGCAUAAAAUCAUUUCAAUCAUAAUAUUUUUUUUGUUGGGGAGACGCAGCACACAUAAAGGGAUUGCUUUCGACUUUUAUAAACUGGCGAAAUCAGAAGAUUUACAAGCUGUCCACCGCUUCCUGAACAGCAGUAUGUUGGUGUCUCAGGAGGACAGGGAUCUGGAAACCAGUAGCUAGGGAGCAGGAGCUACAGGGCCCAUGGUGUCCAUCUGCUACUCUGUUCCCCUGUGAGACUGUCUUUGUGUCAGGGAUCGAGAGGUGGACACACACACAACCAAGGACUAUCUAACAGCAGGACUGCACCACUUUGCAGGGCACUGGAGGGCCACUGGGCAGAAGGUUGGCAUCUGGCUGGCAGAGAGAGGGCAGAGAGUGGGUACUGUGGUGGGCAGGCGACCGCAGCGCCGAGAUUACAGAUUAGGAGAUUAGGGAGAGCAGCAGGUCAGGGCACAUCAUCCUGACAAAGCCUGCACUUCCACCAACACUACACAGCAGAAUUCAAUUAAACCCUACAGCUACUGGCAGGCAGUGGCCCAGCCUCACAUACACAUACACUCACACACAAAUAUACAAAGAAUCUCCACUGCUGGACAGCUGCUGAGCUCCCCUUCUCUCCUUUCCUGUUUGAUGAUCAGCGCCAGAUGGAGUGAUGGGAUUUUUUUCUUUUGAUUGAUUUGUCUUUUUUUAAUCCAGUCACUCAUUGCCUCACAGUUCCUUUGAGGGCAUUCAUUGGUAAGUCGUUUUAAGGUUGUCAUAUCUACUUUUCUUAAGACUCUGUGGCAAUCCCCUUUGUCAUUACGGUCAGAAUGCUUUGACCGUAAUAUUAUAUUAUUAUUAUUAUAUUACUUUAGGAGGUUUUACAGGACUGCUUUUUCUCUGGCUGAAGAGCACUGGAAUUCUGAUGGUCACGCAGACUUGUUGAGGCUACACUGCAGUGAAUAUUUGAGAACUAGACUACACGACACCUGACCCUAUGUUCUAGAGGAGAAGAACACAAGGUCCUGAGUAGCUCUGCUCUUUCUACAAGUCUCAGAAUCUCAGAAUUGGAUCUUCUUACAGAAAAAAUAAAGCUUGCGCGAGACAGGGGCAGAGAAGUGAGAGGAGAGGGGGAGACGUGUUAUUUGUUCAGGUUGACUAGAGACUCGAUAGAGCUUCUUUCAUGCCAGCCUGCCUGCAGUCGCCGCCUUAUUUUACCCUCCUUCUCCCGUCUAGCCCGCUAGAGCAUACUAAUCAGAAGACUGCUUCAGCACUUCACAGAGGACCUCCUAACACCAGGGCGGGCUACUCACAUGGACGGCUGAGAUUACAUUAAUGACUCACUACCUGACUUUUACCAUGGAUAUCACUAUAGGUGGAUAUGACUGCUAACACAGCGUUAUAAGCUCUGACAGUUUCUCAGAAUCUAGCAGUGUACAAUUUGUGCAGAGUUCGUCAGAGUUUUGUAUGUGCAGACACUCUGGAGCUCUGCUGGAGCUCCCAUCCAGGACUGGAGCAGUGCUGUGAGUGGACAGCCGGGGCUGGGUGGGUGAUAGGUGUGAAGAGCGGCAGCUGCGUGCAGAGAGACUGAGAGCGGGGGGAAGCAACAGACACAGACUCUCAGACAAACUGUUUAGUGUGAGACACUGAGAGACUCACUGUGGAGCAGCGGCUCUCCCUCUCUCUGUCUGUCGGGCUGGGAGAGUGUUCUCUCUGAGCCAGCCAGCACACUGAGUGGAGCUGAGGCCAGCAGGUUGGGGACGGUGGCAGGAAACAGCGCAUGGUAUUGGGGGGGCCGGGUGCCCUACGUCACCCAGCACCGGGAGGGGCACUGGGGUUGGGGCUGGAUGUGGGGAAGCCCUGGGGGGGCAAGGGUCCAGAGGUCAGGGGAGCUGAGGCCCUUGUUGACAGGCGGGGCCAGUGUGGAGCGGGGUGGUUGGACGGCAGGGGCCAGGGCCGGUGGAGGAGGCAUGCGGUGCUCACUGAGGGUGUGGGUUCUGCUGGGCUCCCUGGGCCUCGUCUUUCUCACCUCCCUCUUCUUCUCCAUCUCCCUGAGGGGGGGUGUUGGCCUGCCCUACCUGGAGCCCCCCGGGUGGGAGGAGUCCCGCCGAGUCAAACUUGUGCCCAACUACGCUGGUGCCCACCAGCUGGGCUCACUGGAGGGCACCCAGCAGCAGAAGACAUGUGCCUGCUCCCGCUGUGUGGGGGACCCUGGGGUGUCUGAAUGGUUUGAUGAGAACUACGACCCGGACAUCUCCCCUGUGUGGACACGGGACAACAUCCAGCUGCCUUCAGACGUCUACUACUGGUGGGUGAUGCUGCAGCCUCAGUUCAAGCCGCACGCUAUCCAGCAGGUGCUGCUGCGACUGUUCCAGGUGCUCCCAGGCCGCUCCCCCUAUGGCUCCUGGGACCCCGCCCGCUGCCUGCGCUGUGCCGUGGUGGGGAACUCUGGCAACCUGCGCGGGGCCGGAUACGGGCCAACCAUUGACGGCCACAACUACAUCAUGAGGAUCAAUCUGGCCCCCACGGUGGGCUAUGAGGAGGAUGCAGGCAGCCACACCACCCACCACUUCAUGUACCCAGAGAGUGCCAAGAACCUGGCAGCCAAUGUCAGCUUCGUCCUGGUGCCUUUCAAGACCCUGGAUCUGCUGUGGAUCACCAGCGCACUCUCCACUGGACAGAUUCGCUUUACCUACGCCCCUGUGAAGCAGUUUCUACGGGUGGACAAGGAUAAGGUUCAGAUCUUCAACCCAGCCUUCUUCAAGUACAUCCAUGACCGCUGGACCACGCACCACGGACGCUACCCUUCCACAGGCAUGCUGGUCCUGUUCUUCGCUCUGCACGUGUGUGACGAGGUAAAUGUGUUUGGCUUCGGCGCUGACAGUCGAGGCAACUGGCACCACUAUUGGGAGCAGAACCGCUACUCUGGAGAGUUCCGGAAAACAGGGGUGCAUGAUGCAGACUAUGAGGCCCUGAUCAUUGACUCGCUGGCUAAGGCUGGCAAGAUCACAAUUUUCCCAGGAAAGUGAGGCGGGCUGGAUGUGUGGUGGGCUGGACAGGUUUACAGGAACACAAGAACACCUAUCACCAUUAGGCUUUUUGAUGUUGUCAUCUGCUUCUUUGUGCUUUGCAUAGAGAGGAAUCCAAAACACUACAUUAUACAAUGCCUGCUUAUCAUGUUCCAGGAUGGUAAGAUGAUGGUGGUUUUGGGUGACUACACUCUUCCCCCAACAGGCCUACCUCCAUAGAAACAACAGAACUAUAGAGGGGGCAGAGAAGUCUGGCCUAGCCACUGUAUGGACCUUUGAACCAGUCCCCCCCUCUUGCUCAGCCACUGCGGGUUGAGUCAUCACACACCUUAGGGGUCUCACACCCAGAGACUCAGCCCCCUCCCACUCUGUAGCCCCCACCCUUAAUACCAUGUCAACCAGUGACGGACACUGAGCUAUCCCUGCCAUGUCCACACCCACCUGUAGAGCUGCUGCUAAAGCCCCCUCGCCCCUGGGAGCUAGGAGUACUAGGUAGUUGAAGUUUACAUGCUUUGAAGCCCAGAGGCUACUUCAAAAUAAGAGUUCCUGUUGUAAUUAAAUGACUAUCAUGUUGAAGGUAUGUACAGCCCACAGGGAUUUGACCACAUAUACGGUAUUAACGGUUUUAUUUGUUUUAACCAUUUUAAGUGACUAAUCAUCCUGCUGAUUAGGUAAAUUGGGGUGAGGCUUACACACAGUGAACAACACAAGCAGACAUACAGAUAAGACUAAAACCACUCACUCACUCACACACAUACAGUGCCUUCAGAAAGUAUUCAUACCCCUUGACUUAUUCCACAUUUUGU